UUUCCGAUCGGCUCAUCGCUAGAAUAUUAGUUUCUCGUGGGCAUCCACAAUUUCGUUAGAUUAUUAACCCUUUUUGCCACGUAAAUUGACUUAGAAGUAGCACCCGAUCCCGGCAAGAUGAUAAUCUACACGAACGAGGGCAAUCCGCUGGGACUUCAGCUGUUGAUGCUAGCCAAAUUCGCCAAGCGGCCGGUGCAGGUGCAGUUGGUUAACCUAAAUGAUGCCAAGUACAAGGAUCUGCUUGUCCUGCCCACUUUGGAAUUGGAUAAUGGGCUGCGCCUGUUUUCGCCGGCGGCCAUCGCCAAGUAUCUUCUCGUGGACGAGGGGCACCAGCGGCGGGAUGAGUGGCUGGAGUGGUCUGCCACGUUGCUGGCUCCAGCUUUGGCCCACCACAUGGGCGUGGGUCAUAAGGCAGAUGCGAAUGCCCUGCCCGUGCUGAAUGGUCUGGUCAAGAAGCUGGACGACAACCUGAAGUCAUCGGCCUUCCUGGCUGGCGACAAACUCGGCGCCGCUGACAUCGCCGUGUGGUCUCUCCUGGCUCCGGAUGGCACUCUAAAGGGUGCUCAGAAUGUGGACAGCUUAAGGGAUUGGUAUGGCAGAAUCAAAGCUCUACCCGAGGUGCAAGAGGUCCUGACCGAACAGCCACUGAAGGAUCUCAGCUUCAAUGCCCUGCAGCAGUCUAAUCGGUACGGUGGAUUGCAUCACGUUCCCCUUAAACGUUCCAGCCUCGCGGAUGCAGGCAAGCUGCUGGUGGAUACGACGCCCACAGUUGCUGAUACUGUAACAGAUGAGGAGAUCAGCGCUGCACAGGCCGCCUUCACAUACACAACGCCUAAGCAAAUUAAAGAGGAGCGUACAGUGCUUCCCAAAGCUGGGGAACGCAAUGUUCUCAUCACCUCGGCGCUUCCCUACGUCAACAAUGUGCCACAUUUGGGCAACAUCAUUGGCUGUGUGCUGUCUGCUGAUAUCUAUGCCCGCUACUCGCGUUCCGCUGGCUACAACACCCUGCUGAUUUGCGGCACAGAUGAGUACGGCACUGCCACGGAAAACAAAGCGUUGGCCGAGAACCUCACUCCUCGAGAGAUCUGCGACAAGUACUUUGAGCUGCAUAACGCCAUUUACCGCUGGUUCGGCAUUGGAUUCGAUUACUUUGGACGCACCACUACUCAGGAGCAAACUGACAUUGUCCAGGAGGCCUUUAAGGAUGUCCUUAAAGAAGGAUACAUCAUUACAGAGAGCGUGGAGCAACUGCUUUGCCAGAAAUGCGAUCGUUUUCUGGCUGAUCGGUUUGUGGAGGGUACUUGCCCACAUCCUGGUUGUGGUUACGAGGACGCCCGUGGCGAUCAGUGCGACAAAUGUGGCAAGCUGGUGAAUGCCACUGAGCUGAUCCGUCCCAGGUGUAAGGUGUGCAACAGCGCCCCUGUGCUGCGUUCCUCCGAUCAGUUGUUCAUCGACCUGCCGAAAGCGGAACCGAAGCUCAAGGAAUGGGUGGACAAGUCGGAGGGUGGAUGGACGCACAACGCAAAGGUCAUCACGAGGGCAUGGCUGAAGGAGGGUCUCAAACCGCGUUGCAUCACCCGCGACCUGAAGUGGGGCAUCCCCGUGCCGCACGAGGGCUUUGAAAAUAAGGUCUUCUAUGUGUGGUUCGACGCUCCGUUCGGUUACGUGUCCAUGACCAAACGGUAUACCAAGGAGUACCAGCAGUGGUGGCAGCCAGCCAAGGGCACUGACGUAGAGCUCUUCCAGUUCAUGGCCAAAGACAACGUGCCCUUCCACUCGGUGGUGUGGCCCAGUGUCCUGCUAGCAAUCAACAAGGGUCAUACGCUCGUCUCGCACAUCAUGGCCACUGAAUACCUGAACUACGAGGACGGCAAGUUCAGCAAGAGUCGCGGUAUUGGCGUCUUUGGCAACGAUGCCCAGGAGACGGGUAUCCCAGCUGAUGUGUGGCGUUUCUAUUUGGCCUCUGCCCGGCCAGAAGGUCAGGAUUCCAGUUUCAGUUGGAACGAUCUGGCUGCUCGCAACAACUCGGAGCUGUUGAACAACUUGGGAAACUUUGUAAACCGCGCCUUGGUCUUCUGCGAAAAGAACUUCAACGGCACUGUUCCCGAAGUGGCCGUCACUCAGGAUGAACUUGUCCUGCUGGCUUUGAUAAAUCGUGAGCUGCGAGGCUACAUAAACUCCCUGGAGAAGGCAAAGCUGCGCGAUGGCAUCCGCCAUCUGCUGGCUAUUUCCCGUCAUGGAAAUGGCUACAUGCAGACCCAGCAACCGUGGGUUCUGCUGAAGGGCAGCGAAGAUCAGAAGAAGCGCGCUUCCACAAUAAUUGGUCUGUGUGUCAACAUUGCUUGCCUCUUAGCGAAUCUCCUCUUCCCUUACAUGCCAACCACGGCUAGAACUCUCUUUGACCAGCUCAAUGCCAAACAGACGCCACUUAAUGCUGAGAAACCCCUUGCCACUUUGCUACUUCCCGCUGGUCACAAAAUUGGCAAGCCCGCUCCCCUCUUUGCCAAACUGGAGCAGGCUUUCAUCGACGAACUUAAGGGAAGAUACGGCGGAGCUCAGGACUCAAAGACUCCUGCCCAGAGUCAAACCAGCGCUGCAGAUUUGGAGCAAGCCGUGCAGGCUCAGGCGGACAAAGUGCGCCAGCUGAAGGCGAGCACCAAAGACAAAUCUGUUUGGCAACCCGAGGUAACUAAGCUGCUGGACCUCAAGAAACAGUUGGAGGAGGCUAAGAAAACUCCAGCUGCUGCUGCCGCCACCCCUCCUUCAAAUAGUUCGCCAUCAGUCCAAGAUCUGGAGAAGGCCAUCCAAGAGCAGGGCGACAAAGUGCGCAAGCUUAAGGGUAGCACAAAAGACAAAUCCGUCUGGCAGCCAGAGGUGAAUGUGCUCUUGGACCUCAAGAAACAACUGGAGUCGGCACAAAAGGCAGCCAAAGCUGCACCUCCCGCCACAGUUCCUGUUCCUUCACCCGUCUCCUCUGCUGACGCUGCUCAAGUCAAAGCAUUGGAAGACAAAAUAGCUCAGCAGGCCGAAAAGGUCAGGACUCUUAAAGCUUCAGGCGAUGCCUCAGUGUGGAAACCUGAAGUAGAUAUUCUAUUGGCCCUGAAAAACGAACUGGCGACACUGACUGGAACACCCGCCGCCGGUGGACAGGGAAAGGGCAAGAAGAAGAAGUAGAAUUUGCACUCCCGCACUACAAAACGUACUAAUAAUCCACGCUGGACAUUUUUACCUCAACUCUUCUAAUCAUCCAUUCGAUGGCAAACUUUAGUCACGGACUGGCACAGUUCUGUUCACCUCUUUUAAGUUAUGCUUUUGCAUUUACCUUUGUAUUUAUUUGAAGUACGGCUAAAUAUUCAGUUAGUAAUUUAUUGAGUUUGUGAAGAAAAAAUUAAAACCAUUGACUUUCGAAGAAA